AUGAGCGAGGGACAGCAAAGGGUGAGCGCGCUGCGACGACAGCGGGCGCUGCUGCAGGAGCAACUGCGCAAGGCACAGGAACAAGUGUACAGGCUAUCGCAGGAAGAAGAGGAACAGCGGUCGCUCACAGACAAGAUGCAGCGCGUCAUGGCCAUGGAGCUCAGGGAUCAGGAAAAAGGAAACACACAGCGCGUGGUCAACGAGGCCUCCCGCCUCGUGCGCUUGUUCACCACGGGCUUCUCUUCAGAGACCAUGGAGCCGUGCUUCAUGUCCAGGGACGCCGAGCGCAUCGCCAGCCAGCGCACGGCCCAGGAGAACCUGCGCUCCGCCAUCGACACGUUCGUCGAGCACCAGGUCCAAGCACCGCUCUCAAAGGCGCGCCUCCUCCAACGGGCUGCCCACGGCGACCCCAGCAAACCUGCCAAUGGCAAAAACAGCGCUGUCGGUGGCAGCAGCAGCAGCAGCAGUGGCAUUGGCCAGCCGAUCACCGACGACCCUCACACCCCUGGGCGCGAGAGCACAGCACGUGAAACCACCUCGGCCACACAGCCGUCGAUUGAGGAGCAGGCGUACGAGUCGCUGCGAGCAGACCUGCGCCGCUUGCAGGCAUGCGAUUGGCUCUGUGCCCAGCAGCUGGUGCAGGCACGCGUCCGCGCUGCCAGGGCCAAGGCGCGCGAACAGGCCCUCGCCAGCCGUCUCCACGAUCCACAGCACCGAAACCUCGACGACGUCUACCGCCUCACUGCGGAGCGCCACGCCUUUAUCGAGCAGCAAACGCGGACAAACCAGGAACUCAGGGAAAAGCUCCAUGCGCUGCUGCGGGAGGCACAAGCGUUGCAGCCGACUGCUGUGCAGGUUGGCAGCGUGGAUGCACACGUUCGCCGACAGCAAUUCCUCUUGCGCAAGACACGUGUUGCCCUCAAACACCAGCGCAUCGAGCGAAACAUCCACGCCACCUUCCACCACAUGCUCAGGGACGUUGCUCGCUUGACACGGGAACUUGAGACUGCACAGCCCAUGCAUAGCUGA